AAGCAUCUAUUCCCACUUCCAAACUAGUUCUCCUCCUUUUAAAGGGAAACAAACCACCACCACCCAUCAAGGUCUGUGGCUUAAUUCCUAUAGCUUCCCCUCUUCAAAUAACUCCCUUCACGUUGAUAAAAAAAUGCAAGAAGAUAAGCCAAAUUCAGGAACCUGGUUGAACCUGACCCUCAGCGUGAAUACUGAUUCAGCCGGAAGCUCUUCAAGCUCACAAUCUGGAUCGACUUCUCACAAAGUGUUCUCGUGCAAUUUCUGCAUGAGGAAAUUCUUUAGUUCUCAGGCAUUAGGAGGGCAUCAGAAUGCACACAAAAGAGAGAGGGGGGCAGCUCGGAGAGCUAACCAGGCCCAGAGGAUGGUGAUGGGUUUGCCAUUAAAUGCUCCUUUCCUCCAUUCAUUACGAGUUAAUCCUCAUUCGGUUGUUCAAAAGCCGCAGAGAGAUGGAGGGAAUAUGGCCAUGGUUGCAAGAUUCAACGACAUCUCUUCUACUGCUAAGAUGACAUGGACACCAUUCUCUCCUGAUGAAGCAAUGGAUAUGAGAUGGUCUAGAAGUUUCACAGAUAAUCCUCAGCAGCCAAAACAACCAUCAGAAGUACAAAAUCUUGAUUUGAAUCUCCGGCUUUGAUCUAUUUCUUCAUCCUUUACAACACAUUUUUGCUCCCCUAGCUCUGAUCAUCAAUUAUCUUAUUAGCCGACCGAGUUAGACUGCAAUCCAACAAAAGUUCAAGAUUUCGUGAAAUGAAAUUUGUCAUGAUACAGCAAAACCAAUAAGCUGUAAAGUGUUUUUUGCGAAUAUUGUGGAACAUAGAAGCUCUGCAGGUUAUUCCUUUAUCUUUCCAAUUUCAAAAGUGUCGUAAGACUUGUAUUUAAAUAAUUAUCUACGUCGCAAUUACUUCCAUAAAUUGUAAAUAGCUUCACAAUUAAGAUGUCCUUAUACGUUC